CUCACACCUAAGUGCCCCGGACACCAGAUUAUUAGCGAUCCAACUACUCUGCCACCUGUAUGAUCAGGCGCAUCGCUGUUGAAGAUAGCCAGCGAGCUUCUUGCAAGACUGCUGGAGCAAUUCUUCCAGCUCUGAUAUUCGUAUAUAAUCAAUUUUCAAGUCAGGACAUAUCAGCCGACCUAACUUGACAGCAAGUCGCAAUUUGGUCGAAUGCCACCCUUCAAGCCCGUUGCUCCGGGCGCCAUGUCUCAUUUCCUCCUAUUGUCCUUGGUAUGUGGACUCUGCUUUUAUCAUGCCACGUCUACGACUGUGUCGGUGUACAUGAGCGAGGCGAAGGACGUGUUGAACCAUAACUGGGAUGGCAGCACCUAUAAGCUUGCUCAGCAGCUUGAGGCGCUGGGAUUCAAUGUAGAAAGGUCUGAGGACGAACAGCCUAACCUUUCUGGAGACAAGACACCUAGUGCCUACGUAAUUCCAGCGCAAAACGGGCCAGCUCCUUACAGUUCGGCCGAAGAUAUGGACGCGAUUGCGUCUUUCGUCGCAAAUGGCGGCCUUGUCGUCUUGCUUGACUCGAGCAGCAACCGGGGCGAGUCUGUUCCGCAGUUCGUCGCCAAGGCUAUGGGAUACACAGGCGAAUGGGAAUCAUGUCUUUCGAUGGGCUCUAACGAUAUGGUCGCUAUCGGCCAGCCGGUUCUGGGCUCCGCGGCGCUCCAGUUCCUUCCGGAGACUGAAGAUGCAUGGCCGGCGACGUUGGAAAACGCACGCGUCAUUUCUUCCUACUCUGCAUGCCAACACCAGGACGAGUCAUCAACGUCAAUUCCUUUGUACACGGUGGAGGGCGACAAUGGCAAAGUUGUAGCUCAGGCCUUUGGCAAGGCUGGCAUCUCAGGAGCUGUUGUGUGGCUGGGUUACAGCUGGCAGGAUGGCGAGCAGCCGCUGUGGAGUUCUUUGCUUGCAAAGCUGAUCCGCGACUUCGCAAACGGUGCCUACACCGCUCCCUCGCAGGGCAGCUCUCUGUCUCUCCUGGACCAGCAGCACACGCUGGACAAUGUACUGCAGGCCGCCACCGACGCCGCUGCCGGCACGGAAGAGAUUGUACGGCGUUUCCUGCAGACCGCCACCGUCACCUACCCGCCACCAGCCCGGUCGCCGCCGAAGCCGCCACAGCCGGGCCGGCGGCCAUCAUCGCCACCUCGGGCCCCCAAGCAGUCCCCGAGCCCCCCUAAGUCCCCACGGUCGUCGCCGAAGCCGCCGAACUCGCCGCCGUCACCGCCGCCAUCACCACCGCCGCCGUCGCCGCCGCCAUCACCACCGCCGCCGUCGCCGCCGCCUCCCUCACUGCCGUCGCCGCCGCCGCCGUCACCACCCCCGCCGUCACCACCCCCGCCGUCACCACCGCCGCCAGCCCAACCCAACCCCCUCACACCCUCAUUAACCCGGCCUCCGGUGCCAUCGCCGCCGCUGCCGGUGGCUCCAAUCACCUACUUCGAGAGUAUCUUGCCCAUGGGAGCUCGCGGCAAGACACGGUCUCUGGUCUGGUACGACGACGACGACUUCCGCGAUCAGUUGACGCCUAAGUCUGCACUCCAGCUGGUCUUCCGCCGGAAGGCACCUUGCCCUGACCGCUGCGCCAACUGCAACCGGGCUUGGAAGGCAACCGCGAACCAGCUGAGCGUGGCGUUGUUCUUCAAGGACCCCGUGCAGCUGACCGCGCUGACCAUCAAGCAGGUCAAGAACCCCAACAUCCAGCUGGUCCAACUGAUUAAGUGGACGGGUAAGCCCACCGGGAGCUUCCCGGAGAGCGCCAUCGGCCCCGUCAUCUACAACGUCACGAGCAAUAGAGUCCCAUGCGGCUCGGAGCUCAGGAUUGACAUCCCCGCUGUCAAGAGCGGCAUCAACCAGAAUCCUCCCCCGACGGCAGAUGUCAACAACCUGCCUGAGGCGCUCAAGGUAUCCCAGGGUAUUCUCAUCACCGCGAACCGCCUCGAAACGGCCGGCAAGGGCUACGGUCCGUUCGUGGAGAUCGUCAAGUGCUGGGGCCGUGUGUUGUACGCCGAAAACCCGCGGGCGUAUCAGUAAGGAAGAACGUUUUGGUUGGUGACCUAAGAACUAGAGGGAAUCUAAGAGACGAAAUCUCUCCGAAGUUCUCUUGCACACAUAUAAUCUAAUUAUAUCCUCUUCAGUGUGUUCUGACGCUGCAUGCAUCCCGAUGGGUCGCUACCAUCCCGACGACUACUACUGAUACUACGAUGAUCAUGCGAUCACACGAAACGGAACGUUGACGGCGGAUCGAUAGCCAUGUUUCAUAUACGCGCGAUUAACGGAACGCGGAGGCGGUACGAAACGCCUUUGUAAUGUUAUGAAGAAGGCGCGGUCAGAGGAGAAGGCUUUCCAGUUGUACGGCAUUAAUUGAGGGCGGAAUGGUGCUGGCGCGCACGCACUGAGUUUGCAUGUAUGUAUGUAUGUAUGUAUGUGUGUAUACGUAUGUGUGCGUGUAUAUGUUCUUGAUGAGCUGCGAGUGCAUGACGGGCCAAAACAGACUGGUGCGGGCUGUGGUGAUGACAUCGUACAAAGGUACGAACACUGAAUAGGAUUUGACUCGUUGUGUCAGUAUAGUCAGCGAGCGAUUUGGGAAGCGAUGCGGCAUUUGACGUCAGCCGCGACCUUACGUUGACAUCGAACUCUCCGCGGCGGCGACGUCGAUGAGCCGGUAGUAUUGCGGCCGGAAGAAGGGCUUCUCAUCCUUGCACCAGGACGGGGGGCGAAGUCGCCCUAAAUCGCCCUAAAGUCGCUGACUGAUAUCUUCCCACAUAUUCGACCUUCACCUCCUAGAAACCCUUGUUAACAGUGAUGACCUUCACUUUCUGAGACUUUCUGUAACUAAAAGAAGAGAAAAUUUGAAAGUGCUAUCGUUGCAGUCUCGUCGCGUGCGUGCGUCGCUUUUUACUGAAGUUGCAAACAAUCCCUUCCGAAAAAACGAUAAAAACUAAGUGCUUGCCAUCCGCCGCGAUGUGGAUCUACCCUUGCUUUAGUGCUGUCUGUUUGCAUAUGCUUACUUUAUCGUGACUGUUUUUUGCCCCGUCUUCAAUAAAAAAAGGUGUUGAUGCAUGUUGAUGCUGAUGAUGGUGCUAAAUGAUAAUGGCGAUCGGUUUCUGAGUUCUCCAGAAGUCGUGUCGUGUCAAAAACGUCGUUCAUAGAAGGGAAACAUGCGACCCAAGCCGCCAGAGGGUGCGCUGUGCGGCGGUGUCAACAACGAUGUGGGCGGCGAAGGCUAGACCGCUGGGGCUGCGAGCAGCCGUGUGUGUGUAUGUGUUUGCGCUCUCUGUGUUUCUUCGCACCCUCCCGCCCUCCCUCCCGCCCCCUCAUCCCCAUUUCCCCCAUCCCCCGCCAACGCGCACCGUACGAUACGACACCCCGCCGCCGCCGCCGCCGCCGCACCCACCGCCGCUAUCGCUUUGUGCCGUACGGUCCUCAGUCCUCGAGUGGAAGUGCUAGCAUGCUGCGGCAUGCAGAGGGAGCCCAAAAGUUGAUUGUAGAGUUAAUGCCGUACCCAAGUUAAUACCGUACUGAGGUGCCGUACUAUCGGUGUUGUACGCUGAAUUUACCCUGCCGGUACAGCGGCGUGUGAAGCUCUCAAGAGGGAUGUUGGCCCCGUUCUACCCGAGAACGAUUCCCCGCGCUAUCCCCAUAUUUCCGCCGGGGCUGCCGACCAGACCUUGUACGACAUACGCAUACACACACACGCGAGGACGCACACACUCGCAGGACGGCAUGGACUUGUCAAUUCUCACUCGGCGACUGGCGGGGGGCCCCUUGAAUGGUAGUGCAGGAGCAGGGGUACACGCAUAGCUCUGGAGGCGAGGACUUUCGUCCGUAAAAAUACGCUCCGUUAUUUCCGCCCUUCACCUGAACCGGCAGACGCCACGACCUCUAAUUGCCGCUAAGUCGCCGUUACGUGUACGGAAUGCCGUACGGGAUGCUUUUGAUGGUGAAGUCAGUGUGACGUCACCAUCACGGCGGUGCGUGGUGUGAUAACGGUGAAAAAAGGCGGCUUUGGGAAAGAAUCAGUAUACAAUUAUAUCAUAUAAUUAGCUGCAAGCUUUUUUUUAUAUAUUUCGUACGAUAUGUACAGCAGCAAGGGUACCGUAUUUGGACAUUCGUUGUGUACAUGUUGUUUUGUAGCACACGCGUUGUCGAUAUACACACAAAUUUCUGUUGCCACAUGAUGUGUCAUAAGGGCGCGCCAGCGACAGCGUAUAAUAAACGCUGUCCAAGGCUCUCAAGCUGCAUCUCGAGCUGCGCCAUUGCGCUUCCAACCACCAACCACCAACCACCAACCAACAUAAUUCAACCCCGUGGCGAUAUAAUUCCUUCUCAUGUGAUGGCGGUGCCCGAUGAUGGCCACUUCCAUCCGGGGGGAUGCUAAUCGUCGUAUGUGUGUACGUAUGUAUGUAUGUAUGUACGUAUGUAUGUGUGUCUGUCGUGCGAAAUGUGAUUACUAUGCCAUAUUCAAAAAUCGACGAUUAGCUCCCGAACUUGUAAAGAUACCUUUUGGG